UUCCGUGCGGUACAUCGGCCGAUUCAGGCCGGAAUCCAGCUGCGAUCGCGGCCGAUGCAAAUUGCGUAGGUCACGUGUACCAGACACGUCCGCGCGCGAAACACGCACAAGCGAAGGAGCGAUAAUAUAUAUAUAUGUAUAUAUAUAUAUAUAUAUGAGUGCUUGACUGAGUGAGAAGAACCGGCGAGUCGCGAGUUGUGAAUAAAUGGCCACGAGAAUAAUCAGGCGGCCGAUCCCGAUAAAUAUGCCGAUACAUGUCGCCGAGUUCUCAGACGCAACAUGACGAACUGUGCCGUUUGUCGCUGCCAGUGACAAUAACUUUGAAACAAGAAUCGCGCCCACGACGAUUCGCGGUUUCCGCCGAUCGAUCGCGACCACAGAUGGGAUAACGAUGACGAUGAGCGGGUUCGCGAUCCCACGCGCCUCGAGUGCGCGACAAAUGCGAAAAGCGUAUUAAUAUCCUCGAGGGAAAUGUCCCGCAGUCCAGACGUGAGUUUUAUGGACAUUCGUUCGUUACUGUCCCGACAAGUGCCGCGAAUCUCGUCAGCGAUAUUUAUCACGACACGCCGGGAGAAAUAGCACGAGACGCGACAGCGCGCCGGAAAAUCGACCGAAAUCGGCGAUACGCCGAUAAAUCGCAAGUCCCACGACAUCGAUGAAAAGGACCUGGCGGCGGAAGGAUGCAAGCGGGACGCGUUACCGCGAGGCGUAAUCGCGACAACAAAGGCGUCACGGUGCGCGGAAGCAGCCGCGUUCGUUGAAUUAAUUCGCGGAGGAUUCGCGGAGGAUCGACUGAAGGACGACACGAGUCUCGUAGGUCGAUGUAAAGUGGAUUUUCCAGCGCCGGUCGCUGCGCGCGAGCUAGACUAGCCGUGACGUCUCCGGAUUAAAGUGAAUGCGGGAUACGACGAUCGUGUCGCGCGUCCGGCGUCGCGCUUUCCUUCCUCGUCUCGACGGCAAUCUCAUUACCACGCCGAAGCUGGACUCGCUGGACGACGAGGGAAUAUUCGGCGGCGAGUGGCUCUGCUGCGGCCGAGCGGGUGAAAAAGUAGAGACACUUUACGUCGGAGAACCAUCAACGGCGAGAAUGGAUAAUAGCUCUCCUAGGACGAACCCGUCGGCGGGAUCUCCAGCGUGUGCCGUGAGAUCGGCCUCUCCCCGAUAAAGAAACGAGCGAUCGGGUUGAGCCGCUUAUAAUGAUAGCCGCACGCUAGUCCAUUGUGAGUGAAGUAGGAGGAAGUCGGUAGCUGCGGCUGAUCAAAUCGAUUAGAUGAGCCGUGCGGAGAAGGCAACGAGAGAGAAAGUGACGGGCGGGAGAGGAUAGCGUAGAACAAAGCACACCUCUGCAGCACACACUCUCUCCGCACGAUUCGUGUAGAAGACGACCCUCACAAAUAUGAAUAGCGAGACUUUGGCGUUCUUGUACAAUUGCAGCGCAUGGGUCCUGGAACGCAACGUCACGCUGCUGCUCAGGCUGAAUUACACCGAAUUAUUGAGCGUGGUCCACGAGGCGCUGAACAGCUCGGACCGGUCGGACUUUCUCCGCGAUCGGAUCGUCGACUGCGUGUUCGCGAAUCAGGAGCGGCCGUUUAACUUGCCGUGGUGGCAGAAGCUCCUCUGGUCGCUAAUUUACACGAUCAUAGUGCUGGUCGCGAUCGGUGGCAACAGCAUCGUCAUGUGGAUCGUGCUCGCUCACCGGCGAAUGCGCACCAUCACUAAUUAUUUCUUGGUGAAUCUCUCCGUGGCGGACCUUAUGAUGUCAUCGCUCAACUGCGGCUUCAACUUUAUCUUUCUCGUCAACUCUGAUUGGCCCUUUGGAGCGGUAUAUUGCACUAUCAACAACUUCGUGGCACACGUGACCGUCGCCUCCAGCGUUUUUACCCUCGUCGUAAUAUCGUUCGACAGAUACAUGGCCAUUAUGCAUCCCCUCAAGCACCGAAUGUCCCGCAAAAGAACGAUAAUUACUCUAAUUUUCAUUUGGGGCAUCUCGUCCGCGCUGGCGAUCCCGUGUCUUUUAUAUUCUACAACGACGUCACGCAGGUAUUCCAACGGUACAAGCAGAGUCUCCUGUUACUUGUUAUGGCCUGACGGCGGUUAUUUGCAUAGCAAAACGGAAUAUACCUACAAUCUUCUAUUCCUGGCUGUAACGUAUCUGAUUCCUAUGACAGUGAUGAUUGUGUGUUACGGGUUGAUGGGUCGCGAAUUGUGCUGCUCAAGAUCUAUCGGCGAAGUCACUCAUAACCAGAGAGAAUCGAUGAAAUCGAAACGUAAGGUUGUGAAGAUGUUUGGCGUCGUGGUGACAAUAUUUGCGGUGUGCUGGUUACCAUAUCAGGGAUUCUUCAUUUUCGUGUAUCAUCAUCGUCACUUCGCGGAAAGUAGUUACGUACAACACGUAUUUCUAAGCUUCUACUGGCUUGCCAUGUCCAACUCUAUGGUCAAUCCGAUCAUAUAUUAUUGGAUGAAUAACAGAUUUCGAGUUUACUUUAAGCUAGUAAUCUGUAAAUGCUGCCGCGCGAUAGGUCGUAAGAACACGCAAAGCCAUGAAAUGCAGGAAUUAACAGGAUUCCAACGUUCGGUCGCCUGCAAUUCCGGUCGUUACAGGUCGACCUCCAUCAAGUGGCGACAUAGCACCGCGGAGAGUCAAGUGCACACCUUCAAAAUAAACCCCCGAACGGUCUGCGAGAAGAUCCAGUCUAAAGAGGGCAUUUCUAUCAUCUGAGCCGAGUAUUAGUUUAAUCGUGCGUCGCGAGAGUGCCAUGCACUCCGUGUCGCAGCUUUCGUGUGCCAUCAUGACGGCGUGGACGGGAGAAAUAAUCGGGACAUCAUAUAAUCCAGCUCUGAUCGUACGGUCGCUGAACGGCCAAUAAGUUAACGAAUCGAUAAUAAGUAAUAGCUCGCCUCGUCACUUUUUACAAGAUAUUAUUUUCUUACUGGUAAAUGUGGAGUGGACGUGUGCGGAAUUAUGGGGAACGGAGAAAAUUCAAUGUUGUGUAUAAUAAUUGGACGUACAUCGCGGUGUAAUUGAAUAAAUAUAAACUGUGUUUUAAGUGUAUAAAUAUAAUGUGUGUAUGCGCGCGCACACACACGUACACAUAUAAAACAUGCGUCUUGCAUUCGCGAUAAUAUACGCUAUUUUCCGAUAAACCGUCGUUACUGUUUAGUUUAUAUCGGAAUGAUCGAAUUAUGUAAUUAUUAGGAAAUAAAUGUGAUUUAUCUAUCUG